UCUACCUUGAUUCGAACAUAUUACCUCUGCGAUACCUUUUUUACUCGUACCCCAACAGCCUUGGUUUCGAGUCUCGACUUGGCCUCUGUGAACCGAGUCUGGCGGAGUAUGCACUGUUGUAUAUAAACCUACUCCGACGCAUCUAUCUACAACACAAGUGGUCAAUCGCCUAUUCCUAUCCAAUUUAUCUAGUCACCCGACAGAGGGACAGAAUCAAAAAUGGAGGGCGUUGAAACGGUUGAUGUUAGCUGGCUACAUCAUUCGCAAAAAGGUGAGUUCGAAAAAAACUACCCCCGGCGGUUCCGCGGCAUUGGCAGAAUCGGAUUACUUUGGGAAGGAAACUUGAACUUGGAUACUAAUAUUUCAGAUCACUUAUCUCGCUGCAAGUCAGCAUCGUCGACGGUCAGCGAUAAAUCGAGCUUCGAUAACGAACAAGCUACUUCACAAAAAUCCCCCGAGGAGAAGAUACCCUCCGACACAAGUCCACCACCCCAACAACCACCCUCCGACCCUGCCCCCGAAUAUCAAGAAACUACUGAGAAUGAUGGAUCUCGACUUGCACAAACAAAAUCCCAUAAUGAUGACAAGGCGGUGGACCCCAAACAAUCCGGCUCGUCCAUGGCCUUUCCUAAAAGUGCACCCAAACCAAUUACAGGGAGAAGGAAUUCAUGGAUCUCAAGUUUAAGCUCCAAGUUUUCUUCUGGCUCAACACCUCCAUCACAGUCGAAUGUCAAGGGGAAUCAAGGCAAUCUCAAGGCGACCUCACCAGUGUCGAAGCUUGAUUUCCACAACCCCUUUGGUGCGGCUUAUUCCCCCAAAGACAAGGAAGACGAGAAGAAGGAAGAAGCCUACCAGACCACUUCGACAUCUCCCAAAGGCCCCUCAUUUCUCACAAACGCAUUUCGCAAGCUCUCCUCAUCUGGCUCGGGAGGAUUGGGCAAGUCCGCUCCAAACGGUGCCAUUUGUGAACGGCGCAUAAUGAACAUUGAUCAGAAUCGGGAUAGGUGUAAGAUCCCGGAUUUGAAUCAGGCAAAAUUGCGACGUGUUGCUUUCUGUGUCGAUGUUGAGAUUGCGGGAUUCUCACGUCGGGAAUCCGACGACGAAGCUUCCCCAAGCAGUGGGCGGCGUCCUUCUGAACAAACCCUAUCUAACCAAAAGUCCAAGAAGUCAUCAUCGAGGUCGAAAGAAAAGGAGGAAGCCGCUGCUUUGAAACAUCCUCAAGCUGCUGCUGCUGAUAAGGAACAGCAUGGCCAGGUUAAUGGAAAUGGGAGGGGCAGUACGUCGUCGGAAACUCAAGCCACGGAGAGCAAAGUCAAUGGUGAAGGAAAAGAACCCACAAGGAAACAAGAGAAGAAAAAACGGUCAGAGGAGGAGAGAAGGGAGCGCAAAGAGAGAAAACGAAGACAGGCGGAGGCAAAUGGCUCAAUACCUCUGCAAUUGAGUGUUGAUGACGACUACGAAGACUCCCGAAUCCCUACUCCUGGGGUAACUCGGUCGAAAACGCAGACACAUCCCACAACAGAUCCUGUACGAAUCUAUCGAAGAUGUUGCCAGCUACGUGAAACACCUGUCCUUAAGAAGGUGGUCGACCAAAUUUCCUCGCCUUCCUCUAUCUUGGCCGAAUCUCCUGGUACCGUUGCCGUUCUUGACCUCAGCAACUUUCCUAUGACCACUCAGGACAUCGUUACUUUUAGUGACUGGCUCGCUGUUGUACCUGUCCGCAAGCUCAUUCUCGAAAACUGUGCCUUGAACGAUUUGUCAAUUCGAGCUAUACUUGCGGGUCUACUCUCGACCAAAACUGUGGAGCAGAUGAAACAAAGGCGCAGGAGAGUAAAAAAGCCCGAGUCUCCUCCCCCCAAACAGGAGGAGAACUAUGGUGUUGUGGAGAAGUUAUCCUUGAAAGAUAACCCUAGAGUUGGUCCAGAAGGAUGGCGGUACAUCUGUCUCUUUAUCCAUCUUUCAAAGUCCUUAAAAGCCAUCGACUUGUCCGGAAUUCCAUUCCCGAAGAAACCCAUCGCGGUAAAUGACCCCGAUCAGCAGACACGGCCUCAAGUGGAUGUUACGACUAUUUUCGCCAAAUCCCUUGCGGAACGCUUCGGUGGUGAUCGACUCGAAGAAUUACUGCUCAGCGAGUGCAGGCCUACAACAGAAGACGUACGAAAAAUCUGCGAUGCAGCGAUUACCUCUGGUUUAAGAAGGCUUGGAUUCGCCAACAAUGAGGUGACAAGAGAGGGCUUGGAACAUAUUGCUCGAUAUUUCUCAGCUGGCAAUUGUGAGGGUCUCGAUUUGGGUGGAAAUCCUGUUCAGGAUCAUCUUGAUGUGAUUACCUCUUCUGUUGAGGGAGAUCAGCCACUCUACGCACUCAGUUUGGCUGAUUGCUCAUUAACCCCAUCUGUGAUCUAUCCUUUGCUCCAAGCGUUGACGCGCCUAUCUAAUCUUCGUUUUAUCGACUUUUCUCACAAUCGAGGGUUGUUUUCGGCUCAACCAGAUGCACUGGCGACCUUCAGACGUUUCCUUCCAAAGAUGCCCUCGCUCAAACGCAUUCACUUAGCAGAUGUGAACCUUUCUGCAGAUCAUACCAUCGCUCUUGCCGAGGUCCUCUCUGAGUGCCCUAGUCUAUGCCAUUUGAAUAUAUUGGAAAACCCAUCGAUCAUGAGGCUGGCCUCCGCAACUGACCCUGCUGCUCAAGAGGAAGCCUGUGCCGUUUACGCAUCAUUGAUGGCAGCUGUGCGUGUCUCUCGAACAUUGAUUGCGCUGGAUAUCGAGGUACCCAGUGCAGAAAGCAACGAGGUUGUCAAGGCUCUGGCAUCGCAGAUCGUGGCAUACUCUCUUCAGAAUCUCGAACGGGGUGCCAUUGAAGAAGAACUCUCCGAUCCAGCUUACUCGUCAUGUGCACGCGCCAAUGUCCCCGUCCCCGAAAUCCUACAGCACAUUGUCGGGGUUGGUGUUGACGAACCGUGUGAUGAGGAGGACGAACCUGCUCCUGACGAAGACUACGUUAUUGGAGGUACAGGUGUUGUCAAGGCCCUGGGAGUCUGCCUUGGUACUUUGGAUCAUCAUGGUAGCGAUCUCCCUGGGGACCAGUCUGCGCCGCCAAGCGGUACUACCACACCUAGACACAGAAGACCUAAGUCCUAUGUCACUACCAAGAAGCCUCGUGACAUGUCUAAGAAUCUGCUGGAAUCUGCUCGCAAUAUACGGACAAGGAUCCAGACGGCCCUUGUUCGCGAGGACAAAGCCGGCAAUGAUCAUAACUACAGGCGUCUUCAAUUCCUUGAUUUCACACUGCAUGGAAUGAUCCAGCGUUUUGAGGAUAAAUACCCAGAGACACGCAUCGCUUCGCCACCGGUGCCAAUUGCUGCGCAAGAAACCAGCUCACAGAACUCUGGCGAUGAAGUUAGUGGCUCAGUCGGUGCUGGCGUUCAUGAAAACGGUGCCGACGGCGAGUGUGCCAUUGACGACGAAGAUGGCGACCAAUAUGGCUACCGACUGUCCCGCGCCAGCUCCAUUACUUCUCUUCAUUCUCGCGCGAUGACCUCCGAGGAAGGCCAUGUUCAUCGUCUUGGACAGAAUCUUCGUCGCGAUUUCCUCAGCCCUUCCUUGGAUCCAGACGAUGACCCCUCGUUGUUCCCCAUGGAUGACUCUCAUGUCACAACUCUAAGGGACAGACUAGACCGUCUUCACGAGGAACAGACACGUUCUCACUUUGAGAGUGUCGGGGCAGACAAAGCUUUUGAAGAGCUGGGAUCGACAGUUGAAGAACUCUGGGCCAUUCAAAGACAGGACUCGGAGGCCUUUGAGAAAUUCAAGCAGAGCCAGAUCGCCGCACAGAUUAAUAGCGGCAAACGAACAGCUUCUCCGGCGAAUCGAGAUGGACCAAAUCCAAAGUCCACCUCGUAGGAUGAAUGCUCACUUACUGCGACUAUUUACUCGCUGAUUUAUUUUGUCUACUAUCGAUGAAAACUUUUUUGUAUAUACACUAUCGUUUCUGUCUACUUCUGGCAUUUUGCGCAGACAAUCAUCCUGUACAUACUCAACUGCAGAACGUGUCAUUCGAUUAUUUCCAUGGGUUUCUGGCUUGUUAUGUGUUGUAACCAUAUUGAUACCUUGAGUU